GGUUACCUAUGUGCCCCUUCUGUGGAUUGUCAGAGGGACUGAUGGGAUGCCUGACCCUGCUCAGAGGGACCUGCUGAUGCGACAGGAGGUGUCCAGACAGACCGGAGGCUUAGUGACGCUGACGGCAGCCGAACAGAAGCUGGGCGCUUAUCUCCAUCAACUGAAGGAGCAAGAGAUGUCUGCUGCCCACUUCCCACCUGCUAUGCACUUCUUCAAAGCGAAGCCUCUCAUUCAGAAGAGUUCAAUCUUCAAACUGCUGCAGAAGAUGCCUAAAGGUGCAGCUCUCCACAUCCACAGCUCGUCUCUGGUCAGCGUUGAAUGGCUUGUCAAAAACGUCACCUACAGGCCUCACUGCUACAUCUGCUUCACAUGGGACAACUCUGUCCGCUUCCUGUUCUCCGACCGCCAGCCUUUCCCACGAUGGGACUGCUUCUACUGGCAGCUGCUGGAGACUUUAAGAGCCAAAAUAGGGGACCCAACAGGCUUUGAUAACAGGUUGUGUAACAUAUCAUCUUCCCUUACAGAUGCCAAGCUAAGAUGUGAUGGAGAACCUUACCCACAGUGUUGGGGUUUUUUUUGGGUCUUUUUCAGUUUAAUGCAGCACCUCACUCUGUUCACCGAGGAUCCAGAUGGGGAGUAUCCAGACCAAGAUGUUGUGUGGGAGAAGUUUGAGAAAGCCUUCAUUGCAGCUGCAGGGCUCAUCACUCAUGCUCCUGUCCUGAGGGACUAUUUCUACAAGGGUCUGGAGGAGCUACACCAAGACAACAUCAUGUACCUGGAACUUAGGAGUGGUCUCUCAAGGACGUAUGAGCUUGAUGGAACCAUUCACGACAAGGUCUGGACUCUGAAAACGUUUCAAGAAGUUACGAAGAAAUUUACGGCAGAUCAUCCAGACUUUCUUGGGGCUCGCGUCAUAAUUUCUGUCCACAGGGCUCUGAGUGUGUCUGAAGUCAAAGCAGCUGUAAAAGAGGCCAUCCAGCUGCAGAAGGACUUCCCAGAUGUUGUGGCUGGAUUUGACAUGGUCGGCAGGGAGGACAGUGGAAGGACCCUUUGGUACUUCAGGGAGGCACUUUCUCUACCAGCUGAACUGGGCGUCACGCUACCGUACUUCUUUCAUGCAGGAGAGACAGAUGACGAAGGCACAGACAUAGAUCAAAACAUUCUUGAUGCCCUUCUGUUCAACACCACACGCAUUGGGCACGGCUACGCUUUGGCACACCAUCCACUCGCCAAAGAGCUUUCUAGGAAAAGAAAUGUGGCCGUGGAGCUGUGCCCCAUCUCAAAUCAGGUGCUGAAGCUUGUAUCAGACCUUAGGAACCACCCUGCCGCUGUGCUGAUGUCUGAGGGCCACCCGAUGGUGAUCAGCUCUGAUGACCCGUCUCUGUUCGGUACCACAGGCCUCUCCUACGACUUCUAUCAGGCCUUUGUGGGCAUCGGAGGAUUGAAAGCAAACCUGGGCACUCUGAAAGAACUGGCUGUCAACUCUAUCAGGUACAGCUCGCUACCAGGUCACCUGAAGGAUACAGGCCGCGUCAUGUGGCAGAACAAAUGGGACGCUUUCAUUGCUGGUAACUCAUGACAGCCAAACUGUAAAGGAUCCUGUUUGACUUG